CUUUCAAUACAUUUUAUAGAACCAAACAACACAUUUGCAAGAGGCACAAUCUCUUUCCAAGGAUGAAUAACUCCCCUUCACAAACCUCUUGGAAGGAUUUGCCAUUUGACAUCCUUGUAAAGAUUUUCAUGGCGCUCGACAUUCUGGAUGUGGUUGCUGGUGUCUCUCGUGUGUGUACCUCUUGGCGUGCAGCUUCUCGCGAUCCAAAAAUCUGGAAUAGUAUUGAUCUGAGCAAGGUGAAAUUCAAUUCAGGCCGGAUUCCAGAAACAUCAGAUGACUUGUAUAUCGACGGGCCAAGCAACAAAAUAAUGCUAGUCUUAAAGAACUCUUUGAAGCUCAAUCGCGGAAAUGUGUCUUGCUUGAUCUUCCAAUUCUAUGCAUUCUUAACAAAUGAACACUUACUUUAUAUAGCUGAAAGGACUCCCAAUCUCAAGAGACUUGUUCUACCAGCAUGGAACAAAUUAGAUGUGGAUGGUUUCGACGAAGCCAUAAAGCAUUGGAGCAACCUCGAAUCACUGACCGUUCCAUGUGUUUAUUCUCCUUGCAACAUGAUGAAGUCUAUUGGUGCUUACUGCAACAAUUUCUCUGAGAUCAAAAUCAUGUGUCCAGUUGACUCUGAUUUUGCACUUUCCAUUGCCUCACACACCCCAAAUCUCAAGGUCUUAAGCCUCAGGUGCACAGUAGUGUUUAAGCAAGCUCUACUAAUUCUACUGAAAAAAUUGAACAAAUUGGAAGUUCUCAACUUGGCUCACAGCCUCAUGGUGUGCGACACUCGAGAGCCUGGCUUCCUCUUGGUGUUCGAAGAAAUCGACGACGAAAUCAUCAAAAACACAAAGCAUGUCAAGACACUUAUCACUUGCCAGAAGAAUGCCUGCCCCAUGUGCAGGGUUGCUGUUGAUCAAGAGGAUUUUCUCAAGUGGUAUAACUAUGAAGAGGAAAACUGGAAGUUGGAUGAGAUACCUUCUCUCACAGUUUGACUCUUUUCAACAUAAAGAGCCAAACAGUAAGUUGGAAAACUCAAUUGAAACAUGUUACAAUAACAUGCUAUUACAUAUAUAAUAAUAAUAAUAAUAAUAUAUUCAUGAAUAAAUUCAACUUACUUGAACAAUCAAUCUCUUUUUCUUUCUGCAUUGUACAAAUUUCCAUAGUUAAGACUC